AUGCGCAAAUGCGCCAAAUGCGCUCAAGAUAUGCUGCCUCAGGCCACAACGCUUAUUGCGGAUUCCACCAGUGACAGAGCUCGUUCCUCUGUCAUCUUCGCGCUAUGCCGCGUCUCCCCUGCCACGAAAUCGCCCAUCGCUCGUCGAACCGAGCUAGCCUUAUCCGCAAGGUGUACUCUCGUGAUCCUUCGCCCGGGCUCUUUCGACCUUGUAUCCCCCCCCGAAAACCGUGCAGGCUACCAGCCGCCGGCACCUCCACCUCCACCUCCACCACUGGCACCGGCACCGGCACCGGCACCAACAAUCAUAUCCAACGAUGGCGUGAAGGGCAUAUCAGAGAAGCUCCAAUCAAAGGCUGAUCAACUUAGUGGAAUCUGCCGCGCAGACUCCUCGGUAUAUGACUCGUUCGGACAACAGCCAUGGUUGAAAUACAUGCAGCCGUUCGAGGCCACUGGCGAUGCUUAUGCGUAUCUGGAUGCGGAGAUUCGGGCUUUAAACUCUUACCUGUCCUCGAGCUCCGAAGAGCAAAAACAGACUGAGCGACUUUAUGAAGAGCUUGAUUCACUACUUUUAGCAAUAUGUUCAUCUCCGCCGAAGCGCAUUGGGCUCCGUUCGAUUGGGCUAGCGCCGGCACAUUCGGCCAUCCAACUCAUGUUGCCGUUCCGGGACACACAACGAUCUCCAGACCAGAUUCGAAAACCAAGUGCUUCCCGACCACAGAUUCGACGGGCUCACAUGGGCCUUCUCGGAAUUGUGAAGUCCGCCUUGAUGAAUAGUUCGGCCUUCGAGAAUGUUACCUUAAUAAAAUACGGUCCUUGUCUAGAGGCUCGGCAUAAGUCCACAGGCUUGAAGGUGCGAAUCACCUGCGGGGAACAGUCUCCAGCCAUCUUUGAAUACCUGCAGGAUUAUUUGAACGAGUAUCCUGCUCUUCCGCCUCUGUUCCGAGCAAGCCAGGCGCUAAUAGAAGCAUGCUGUACCCCAUUCAACCAUAUGCACAUUGAUAGCAAUGCCUUGGUAUUGUUGCUUGUCGCUUUUCUCAAAAUGAAUCAUGGCCGUUUCACAGGCCCUCGUACCCUCGGGCACCAGUGGAUGGCUUUUUUGAAGCUCUAUGGGUCGGGUGUUGACCUUAGCUCCGUUGGAGUUGCACUGGACCCUCCAAGCUUCUUUGGAAAUGGGGUGCUGAGCGCAAAUGACCACGCGGAUGCUGAACUCGCAUACUUGCGCGGCCAACGUUCUCUUAUGCGUGCUAAGCUCACCGCUAAAGCGCAGGGAAAUCUACAACUGGGCCAAAGCCUUUGCAUCCAGGAUCCAACUCACUUCAUGCAGGACUUGGGUCGCUCAUCCACACGCAUAAAAGAGGUGCAAAGUGAGCUGAAGGCUGCCCAUGAGCGGAUUUCUAAAGUAUGUGAACAGUGGGAGGGACCGAGUGACGAUGCUUCAAUCCUGGCAGCGGCUCUACGGGCGAGUUUUGAAGGCUUCGAAAAAAGGCGGAGGCAGACCACCCAUGGCCCCUGGGCCGACGCGGAAGCGGCUGAUCAGUGA